GCCACCGGCCGGAGACCGUCGCACCCCCACAGCAACACCGGAGACCGUCGCACCCCACAGCUAGGGCAACAAGCGAACACAUAAUUCUCGAAGAUGGCUCGUUUCCGUAAUAAAAAAAAAGUGGUAUUUGUGAAGCCAGCAAAGAAACAGCCACAACAGAAUGUGGAUCAUGUUACAGGUGAUAAGAUACCAAGAAGCUUUGUGUUUUCAAGAUUGAAAUUACCUGGUUCUCUCAAACAAUUACAAGCAGACUUGAGAAAGAUGAUGCUUCCAUAUACAGCUCUAAAUCUAAAGGAAAAGAAGCGCAACAACCUGAAAGAUUUCUUGAAUGUUGCGGGUCCCAUGGGAGUAACACAUUUUCUUAUGCUAUCAAAAACAGGAAGUUCCCCAUACUUAAGAGUUGCAAGAACACCACAGGGCCCCACUCUUACAUUCAAAAUUCAAGAGUAUUCUUUAGCUGUUGAUAUUGCAAACUCCCAAUUACGCCCAAGAGUUCCAAAAGACCUCUUCAAAAACUCCCCCCUUAUCGUGCUCUCUGGUUUUGGAACCGGUGAACAACAUUUGAAACUUACAACAAUUAUGUUUCAAAAUAUCUUCCCUGCUAUCGACAUUAAAACAGUGAAACUCUCAUCAUGCCAGAGAAUUGUGUUACUUAAUUACAACAAAGAGACAAAGCUUAUCGAUUUUAGGCAUUAUUCCAUCAGAUUGCAACCAGUUGGAGUCUCACGUAGAAUAAGAAAAUUUGUGCAAAAUCAUCAAGUUCCGGAUCUCAGAUCUCUUCAAGAUGUCAGUGACUUUGUAACAAAGGCGGGGUAUGGAUCGGAAAGUGAAGGAGAUGAGGAAGCAGCGACUGUGAGUUUAGCAAGUGAUGUUGGGAGAGUGAAUAAGGCUUCUACUAAAAGUGCUGUUAAGCUUCAAGAGAUUGGGCCCCGCAUGACACUUCAGCUUAUUAAGAUCGAGGAUGGAUUAUGUUCGGGGACUGUAAUUUUUAGUGAAUACGGAAAUAGCGAGGAAAAGAAAGAGGAGUCAGAGGAAGGUUCUGAAGGAGAUGCUGAGGAAGGAAGUGAGCAUGAAGACGAGUAAUACGAUUUAAUUUUACAAUUUUCUUAGGUUCGAUGUUCGUUUGCUAUUUUUGGAAAUGUGGAUUUGCUUCCAUUUUUAUGAUCUUAUGUAAAAUAUAUGUUUUUUUGUUUCCUUUAUUUAUCAUUUUCAUUCGAAAUCUUCUCCACAUUCAUUUUGUGGAUCCCGAUUAGUAAAAUUAGAGGACUAUGAAAAUUAAUUAUUUGUUUUUUUAACCGAUGCAAUAGAAAUGAUUUUACUUUGUGGUUUUUGGUUUAAGCAUUUUAUCGACCAGUUGGU